AUGGCGUUAUCUAAAUAUUUGCGACUGUUGUCGCUGCCAAGCGCUCUGUUGUCAGGAUUGUGUCUCGCGCUGCCAGCAUCAACAGACAGUCCACCAGCUCCUGCACUUUCUAGAGCUUGCGGGUCUAUUGUCAACAACCAAAACAGCAGCUUCUUCAGCGCAAGCAUCGCUUAUGAAUGCCUCACAAGUGUGCCUUUCAAUCCCGCUAUUGCCAGCCGUUUUCUAGAUUACUACAGAUAUACUUUACAAUUUCAGAGUACACUGAUUUAUCUCAAAACUCCUCCACCGAGUUAUCAGCAACCAGCGGUGGAUUUAAUUCAAGGUUUAGAUGAGGUGCAGAGUGCUAUCGAAAGUGGACUGUUCCCAAAUCAAUACGAGUUCGAAGCUGCCCUUCAAACACUUGUGUACGCUACUCAUGAUGGCCAUAUCAGCCUAGUUGCUGGAAUUCUUGCUGUUUUCAACUUUGCAAGUCCUUACGAUAUCGUGUCGCUCUCGAUUGAUGGGGUCCAGACACCUAAAGUUUACUUGACCACCCACGUGGAUGAUAGCAAUUUUUUCGAGGACUACCGACCUUCACCAAUUGUCCUAAUCAAUGGCGAGCCUGCUGAGACUUAUCUCACCAAGUAUGCGUCGAAAAAUUCUAUCGGGAUGGUCGACCCACAUGCAGAUUGGAAUCAGUUGAUGAGAAGUGCCGCUUUGGACAUUCAGGGAACCUUCACCGUGUUCGGUGGUGGAACAACCUUCUACCCCGGCGAUACUAUCACUUUCACAUUAGAGAAUGGGACUAUUAUCUCAGAUGACUUUAUCGCUAUUUACAAUACACAAGGAAACACGGGACCUCUGGAAACUGGAGGUGAUUUUUAUAAUCUCUUCGUCCUCGGCGUGCUGCCUGCUUCCUUCGACGAAGACCUGAUUAACAACAACAACAUCAAUGCCACUGCACAAGAAGUAGACGAGACUUCUUCGUCCACAGUAGAACCCACAACAACCUCUGACUCAACAUUGACUGCCUCAACAUCUGAUAGCACCCCAACACCAUUGUGUACCAACUCCUGGUCCAAUGCUGCAUACCCUGAGUGUCCCGACGUAGCACAGGCUGAUCUGGGGACUUUUGGGGCUGGCUACAUAUCAGGUUAUUUCUUGAACAACACAUCAGUUGGCGUAUUGAGUAUUCCCAGCUUCGACGCGGAUGACGAUAGCAUUGGGCUCUUUGAUUCUACUAUUGAGGAAUUCCUUUCCAAAAGCCGUAGCAUUGGAAUUAAGAAGAUUGUUAUUGACUUGCAGUCCAAUACCGGUGGCAUGACUCUUCUUGCAAUAGCUGCCUUUAAGCAUUUCUUCCCUAACAUUGACCCUUUUAUUGGCUCACGAUUGCGAGCGACCGAUGCUGCGUAUGCCAUAGGCAAUGCAGUAACAGCAUAUUUCGAGGAAACAGACCUCGACAGCGAUGACUUUGAUACGUUGAUCACAGACGAAUGGGUGUCUACUCCACGCCUCAAUGCCGAAACGGGCCGGACGUUCACAGACUGGGAUGAGUUCUUCGGACCGCACACUUUGAAUGGAGACAAGUUCACAUCUGUUCAACGCUAUAAUCUAUCAAACACAGUAUUCGAUACAGCGGCGGUCGACAUCGACGAUGGUAAUUUUACUGUUUUUGGAUACGGAUCAAAUCCUGCUCCAAGCCAAGUCCCUCCGUAUGCGGCGGAAGAUAUCAUCAUGCUCUCAGAUGGUGUGUGUUCGUCUGCCUGCGCCAUCUUCAUGGAAAUGAUGCGCCAUGAAGGAGGUGUUAAGGUUGUGGCUGCAGGUGGUCGACCUAACAAUGGUCCAAUGCAAGCACCAAGUGGAAAUCGUGGGGCUGAAUUUCAGUCAACUGCUGAGUUAGACGCUAAUAUAGAUUUUGCUCAAAGAAUCUAUCAAUCCGCGAACUUCACAGACGAGGAGAUUUUCGACCUCUUACCGAACCGAACACAGGCACUCGAUGUAUAUGUUACAUUCGCCAGCAUCAAUUUGCGUGAUCAAGUACGAAAAGAUGAGACGAUUCCUUUACAGUUUGAAUAUCAGGCUGCGGACUGUAGAAUUUGGUACACUCCAAAGACCUUUUAUAAUUAUACGGCACUGUGGCAACAUGCCGCCGAUGCAAUCUGGAAUAGCAACUCUCUUUGCGUUCUGGGGUCCACAGGGUUCGCAACGACGGGAACAAAUAAACCCGACUUUGAGGGCCCAUCGCCUUCAGUCAAUCUUGGAGCUGUCGAGAUCUCAAACAUCACUGCACACUUAACCAACACGUCAUCUCUCGCGUUUCUCACUCAUUCCAACGACGGACUCGAAGACUUUACUCCUGCAACGGCAAAAGCUGCGCCCAUUCCUUGUCAAAGUACUGCGGACUGCGCAAAUGCCAUACCAGGAACUCUCUGCGCGUCAAUAACGACUUGUCUUGCUUCUGGGAAGAAGGGCUCUGGACAGUUUUGCGUUCUGAAAUGUAGUAACAUCAAUGGCGUUUGCCAGACCCUAGCUCGAACUGGAGGGACGUGUAGGUCUGAUCAAAAGAUUUGUGGAACUCCUGGAAACUGUGUGACACAGAGUAGUAAGAACGCCAUUGCUUUUGGUGGCGGCGGAGGUAGGACGGCUGUUCCUGGGGUUUGCUUGCCGCCGGCUGGUGGUGCUUGUUCUGCCCAGGUUCCGGGUCAGAUUAGAACGGGUCCUUCUGUUAGUAGAUUAAAGAAGGGAGCUUAA